GCGGCAGGCGAUCAGCAUGCAGCGUAACAACCAGGACAGCGUGCAGACCUUUGGGAAGAAGAAAAAUGCUAUUGCUGUCGCUCACUGCAAGAGGGGCAAGGGGAUUCUCAAGGUGAACGGAAAUCCCGUCCACCUUUUGCUCCCGGACUCCCUCCGCAGCAAGGUGAUGGAGCCCGUCCUCUUGGUUGGUUCGGACAAAUUUAAGGAAGUCGACAUCCGCGUCAAGGUCCGCGGAGGUGGUAACACCUCGCAGAUCUACGCUAUCCGACAAGCCAUCGCUAAGGCCAUUGUUGCCUUCCACCAGAAGUAUGUUGACGAGCAGAGCAAGAGAGAGAUCAAGGAUACCCUUGUUCAGUUCGACCGCUCCCUCCUCGUCGCUGAUCCUCGUCGCUGCGAGCCCAAGAAGUUUGGUGGUCGUGGUGCCCGCGCUCGUUUCCAGAAAUCUUACCGAUAGACAUUCUGUUGUUGGCUCAAUAAAGAUCUCCAAAAGAAU